AUGGGGCGAAUGGAGUACCUGUGGGGCAGCGACGCCGAGGUCUUCCGGCCCGAGCGCUGGCUCGACGAGUUUCAGCAGGAAAGCCCCUUCAAGUUCACAGCUUUUCAGGCCGGUCCGAGGAUAUGCCUGGGGAAGGAAUUCGCUUACAGGCACAUGAAGGUGCUGGCGGCCGUGCUGCUCCGCUUCUUCGUGUUCAGCCUGCGGGACGAGGAGGCCAGCGUCAACUAG